CUCCCUCCCACACCUCAUCCUCCCUCUACACCUACCAACCAAGCCCCAAAACACCACAGCAAUGCCCCCUCAACCACCAAUUCCAGUUCAAAUCCUCGACGGCGGCCUGGGUACCACCCUCCAAGACCACCACGCGACAACCUUCAACUCAACCACCACCCCGCUCUGGUCCUCGCACCUCCUGAUCUCCUCCCCGCCGACCCUCCUCGCCUGCCAGCGCUCCUUCAUCGAAGCCGGCAGCGACGUCCUCCUGACGGCCACCUACCAAGUCUCCAUCGAGGGGUUCGCGCGCACCAAGACCCCCGACCACCCCGACGGGAUCCCCCGCGAUGCGAUCGCGCCGUACAUCCGCACGGGCUUGUCCGUCGCAGCCGACGCCGUCCGCGGCUCCAACGCUAAGGUUGCGCUGAGCCUGGGUCCGUACGGGGCGUGCAUGAUCCCCGGACAGGAGUAUAGUGGGGCGUAUGAUGCGGAGCAUGAUGACGAGGAGAGUCUGUUUCGGUGGCAUUUGAAGAGGUUGCGGUUGAUUGUGGAGGCGGUGCAGCAAGACGGUGGAAGAUUGGAGGACAAGGUGCAGUAUGUGGCAUUUGAGACGGUGCCGCGCUUGGAUGAGGUGCGCGCGGUGCGCCGGGCGGCGCGGGAGGCCGGGCUGGAGGCGAUGGAGAUCCCGUUCUGGGUCGUUUGCGUUUUCCCCGUCGAGGGGCAGGAUGCCUUGCCCGAUGGGAGUGCGGUGGAGGCUGUCGUGGAGGCGGCGUUGGGUGGGUCUGAGCCUAAGCCUUGGGGUAUUGGGAUGAACUGCACCAAGGUGCAUCGCUUGGGCCGGUUGGUGAAGUUGUUCGGGGAGGGUGUGGAGAAGGUUCUGGGUGAGGAGGGGGCGCAGACGAAGCCUGCGUUGGUGUUGUAUCCCGAUGGGACGCAGGGGGAGGUCUACAAUACCACCACCCAGGUGUGGGAGAAGAAGGUCGAAGGACCUGGUGCCGCCGAUUCGCGUCCGUGGGAAGUUCAACUUGCAGAUGUCGUCAGCGACGCUCGUGCCGGCGGCCACUUCAGCUCGAUCCUCGUGGGUGGGUGCUGCAAAGCUUCGCAUCAUGACAUCGCCAAGCUCCGACAACAGUUUCAAUCAUAACCGACCACCUCAUUUGUACAAACAACUUGAAAGACACUACGCGAAAAUGAUACCAAUUAUAGUC